AGUAUCGAUCCCUCCGCUUGGUUUCGUUUCCCAUUUCCUUCUUGCGACGAUGGAACCAGCAAAACCCUCAAACCCUCUCUUAUCUCUCUCCACAUUCAUCCACCAGCACUGCCUCCGGCUGGGGGCCGAGCUUGCCACUCGGUUCGGCGACACCACUCGAGCCCUAACCGCCAAUCUCCUGCCGGGGCCGACAGCCAGGCGGCUCCGUACUGCGCCGUUUUUCGCCUCUGUCUCGCAGCAGAAGCACGCCGCAGCUGCUGGCACUCUGAGCUCAGAGCACGUGGCGAAAACCCUUGCCGGCACGGCAGUGUACACAGUUAGCAAUACCAACAAUGAGUUCGUGCUUAUCUCCGAUCCUGAUGGAGCCAAGUCAAUUAGCUUGCUCUGCUUUCGCCAGGAAGACGCUGAAACCUUUCUCGCUCAGGUUCGGUUGCGGAGAAGAGAAUUGCGAAGUGAGGCUAAGGUUGUGCCUAUCACCCUUGAUCAGUGAUUGUGAAUAUUUGAUGGG